AUGACUCAAUUGCCUGAGGCAGAAAAGGAAAAGAUAGCUGAGCAAGUUGCUGAUUUCAAGAAAGUAAAGAGUAAGCUGGAUGCUGAGAUUGAGAUAUGGGACGAUACGAGCAACGAUAUCAUUGUUCUCGCCAAGAAGAUGUGUAUGAUCAUGAUGGAGAUGACAGACUUCACAAGGGGAAAAGGACCACUGAAGCAUACAACUGAUGUGAUCUAUGCAGCUAAAAUGAUAUCAGAAUCAGGAUCAAGGAUGGACGUCCUUGCUCGGCAGAUUGCCAGCCAGUGCCCAGAUCCGUCAUGCAAACAGGACUUGUUGGCCUACCUGGAACAGAUUAAAUUCUACUCUCACCAGCUGAAAAUCUGCAGUCAAGUUAAAGCUGAGAUCCAGAACCUAGGAGGAGAGCUCAUCAUGUCAGCAUUGGACAGUGUCACCUCCCUGAUCCAAGCAGCCAAAAAUUUAAUGAAUGCUGUAGUGCAAACAGUGAAAAUGUCUUACAUUGCCUCAACCAAGAUCAUCCGAAUUCAGAGUCCUGCUGGGCCCCGGCACCCAGUUGUUAUGUGGAGAAUGAAGGCUCCUGCAAAAAAACCCUUGAUUAAAAGAGAGAAGCCAGAGGAAACUUAUGCAGCUGUCAGACGAGGCUCAGCAAAGAAAAAAAUCCACCCAGUGCAAGUGAUGAGUGAAUUUAGAGGAAGGCAUAUCUACUGA